AUGGCCAAUAGUAAUAUGCUUGGCUUCAGGCAGCUGGCAGUGUGGACAACAUGCUUGCUAGCUCUAGUUUCAGUUUCACAGGGUUUCGACGAAACCCUUCGCAGAGAUUUCCCCGGACCCUAUUGCCAGAAAAUCAACAGAUGUUGUGAUGACAGACAGGACAGUUGUGCAGUACCAAUUGCAGACACUUUGUGCUACUGUGAUGCUUUCUGCGAUCGUGAUCGUUCCGGCGAUUGCUGUCCUGACUAUCUCUCCUUCUGUCACAAUAAACCUGAUCCAAUUAUUACUUGCCUGCACAAUGGCGUCCAUUUCUCCAAAUACAAUACGACACGUGACAACUGCAACGAGUGCCGUUGCUUGGAAGGUGGUGUUGUGGAAUGCGACACAGAUUUGUGUUUGACCGACGAUGAUUUGAUUCGCAACAUCAAUUCCAUCAACAUGUUGGGCUGGUCGGCACGCAAAUACAGCGAAUGGUGGGGCCACAAAUACUCCGAGGGUUUGACCAAACGUUUGGGAACCAAGGAACCCACCGUCCGUGUCAAGAGCAUGGUUGGUUUGCACAGCAAAGCCGAACGAUUGCCCAAAAAUUUCAAUGCCAUCGACAAAUGGUCGGGAUAUAUAUCUGAUGUGCCUGAUCAAGGUUGGUGUGGUUCAUCUUGGGUUCUUUCAACAACUUCUGUGGCCUCUGAUCGUUUUGCCAUCAUUAGUCGUGGCAAGGAAGUGAUCCAACUUUCACCACAAAAUAUUCUGUCCUGCACACGUAAACAACAAGGUUGCAACGGUGGUCAUUUGGAUGCUGCAUGGCGUUAUUUGCAUAAACCAGGUGUUCUUGAUGAGAAUUGCUAUCCCUAUGUUGGACGACGUGAAGCCUGCAGGGUUCAUCACCAUUCCCUUUCUGCUAAUGGCUGCAAACCAGCUGCUGGUGUUGAUCGCGAUGGCUUAUACAAGGUCGGCCCCGCUUACUCCAUUCGUAAUGAAACUGACAUAAUGGCCGAGAUCUUCCACUCUGGCCCUGUUCAGGCCACCAUGCGCGUGUACAGAGAUUUCUUCUCAUACUCUGGUGGUGUGUACCGCCACACUGCCGCUAGCCGCAAUGCCCCCGUUGGAUUCCAUUCAGUGAAACUGGUCGGCUGGGGCGAGGAACAUGACGGUGUCAAAUAUUGGAUUGCUGCCAAUUCAUGGGGUCCAUGGUGGGGUGAACAUGGCUACUUCCGCAUUUUACGUGGCUCCAACGAGUGCGACAUUGAGGAUUACGUCCUGGCUGCUUGGCCCGAUGUAUACAACUACUUCAAAACCAACCCUUACUAAGUUAAACAUUUAAUCAGUACUACUACCAACGACAAAGAGACCUCAGCCAAAUUAAGCAACGCUAAUUAAAUCUCGUUACUUUUCCAUAAUUUAAGUGCCGUUCUCUUUUGAAAGCAAACGAAUCUUUAAAAUAUUUUUAAUUUUUAAGUUUAGUUGUUAGUCGUCGUUAAGUGAUGCAUACGCUGUAGGGCGGCAG